GCACUUGUAGUUUUUUUAAUUUUCUACAUGUGCAUUUUUUUAAAAAUUCAUUUGUUGAAAAAAAAAAUCCGAAAAUUUGUAAUUGUCUGCUAACUUCAGGAUCGUGUCCUGAUGACAUCAGGAUAAUUUUUUCGUCAAAAAAAUUAAUGCAAACUUGUCAUCAACAGCAAAAUCAUCAAAUGGAUAAUUAGUUUUUCUAUAAUUAAAUAAUAAAAUUAUUUAAUUAAGAAAAUUAAUUAUCAUUUUUAAAAACUUCCCUAGAGUUUGGGUAAUUUUUUUGUCCAGAUUCUCUCUCUUCUUUCUUUUCAGUCUUACAAUACUAAAAUAUAUGUAUAUAUACAUAUACAUAUAUAUAUGUCGGUAUGUCGGCAGAGCUCCACAUGGCUCUAGAUAAAAUAGAGAUACAUAAAACGUGUUGUUGAGUAGGUUAUUUAAUUUAAUUUAAAAAUUUAAUAUAAUUACAAUAUAUAUAUACAUAUUAUUUAUAAUGAGUUACCUCUGUGGUAAAUUGUGUUCAGCUAUUUUAUUACAACACUUUGGUACAAUUGUUGAAACCGUAGGUUAUUGUUUAUUUAAAAAUGGUCCACAACCAUUACCGCUUAUUAUUAAAAAAAGUGCAUUUCCAAAAGACAAGGUUAAAGAAUCAUUAUGUAUUCUAAUAAAAUUUGGAUUAGUAACACACGAGAAACCAGAAGAAGGACCUAUAAAAUACUCACUAGAUGUGGAUAAAGUUUUGAAUAUUUUACGGUAUUCAAGAUAUAUGUUAUUUAUUAAAAACUGCAGUGGAGAUGAGAGUGAAAUAAUGUUUGAAGAAGUUUUAAAACAAGGAUAUGAAACAGCAUCUCAAGUAAUUGUCAAAGCGUACAAAAAAAUAGCACAAGUUAGCGAAGAACCAUCAAUCGAAUUUCUAUUUGAAAAAUUUUCAUUGCUUGUAAAAAAUCAAUUUUUGAUACGAAAUACUGUUGACAGUACAUCCGCUGAUAAGGCUUUGUCAUCAAUUAAAAAUACCGACUUUGAUAUACCGCAACUUAAUUUAUCAGCCCUAAAUAAAAUGAUUGUUGGUAAUAAAGCUGACCCUGGUGAUAGAAAUAUUUAUUGGAGGAUAAAUUUCGAUAGAUUGAUUCAAGAUUUGAGAGAUGAAAUAAUUGUUAACGCGGUGAGUAGAAUUAUUGAUGAUGAUGCUAAAGAACUGAUGCGUCGUCUUAUUUAUUUGAUGUACAUGCGUACAGCAUCCUGGCAAGCAACAUCUAAUCCUAUUCCACUUCAUGAAAUAAGAGAUGAAGUAAGAAAAUUAAAUAUUCCAAGAUUGAGUCAAUAUGUCGAUCAAUAUCUACAACUUCUUGUUGAAGAUUCAAGAGAAUUCGUAAAACGUGUUGGUGAUUCAGGUGGUGGUCAAUAUAGUGUUGAUAUGAAAGAAGCAAUGGGUCAACUUGCUUGGGCUACUGUUGAAAAUAUUGUUAUGGAAAAAUUUGGGUCAAAAGCUGCUAGAAUAUUUAGAUUGGUCCGGCACGAAAAAUUUAUAGAAGAAGAUAAAAUGAAAUUACUAGCAAAUAUGCCUGAAAAAGAAACGAAAGAAUUAACGUAUAUAUUAUUAGAGAGAAAUUAUUUACAAAUGCAAGAAGUAAAAAAAACUAAUGCUGCAUCAGCACCAACAAAAGCAAUAUUUUUAUUUCACAUAAACUUCAAUCAUGUAGUGCGUAUGGUUAUUGAACAUUGUCACCAUGCAUUGUACAAUACAAUACAGAGGCGGAAUCAUGAAAUCGUUACUAAUAAACGUAUGAUGGAUAAAAAUAUACGCAUGCAAACUCUAUUAAGUAAUUUAAAAGAACAUGGUGCUCCACCGGAACAAAUAGAACAGAUUGAAAAUUUUAUGACACCUGUGGAAAAAUCUCAACUUGAAAAAGUUGGAAUCACAAUAAAAACACUAGGAAGUGCUGAAUUAUAUAUUGAAGAUACAUUAUUUUUAUUAAAAAUGUAUCUGCGUUAUAACUGAUCAUCACAACAAAUUUAUUUAUAAAAAUUAUCUGUUGUAAAUAUUAUCAAUUUCCAAUUAUUUUUAAUAAAUUUUUA